UGGGGGUAAGCUUUUCUUUUGUUGUUGAAGAAUUUAAUACAUCAAUAAUUAAUAAGGGUCUUUGCUUUUCCUAUCUGUCUCCUCGCCUUCUACAGCUCACCACCCCACCACCACCACCACCACCACCACUUCCACUUUUUCCGUGGCCCCCCACCCUCGCGGUUUCUUCAGCUCCUUCUUGUUCUCGUUCGUCCUUUGCGCCCCCCUGUCUCCCUCCCUUUCUUUCUUCAGUUUCUUGUGGCUUGCACGCAGCUUUAAUGGUAGCCGUACCACCACCGCCACCCUGAUUCCUCUCUCUUUCUCUCUCUCUCUCUCUCUCUAUAUAUCUAUAUCUCUCCUUCUCCAUUCUCUCGUUCCUACAAAACAUAUACAUAUAGAAGAAGGAGAAGAAGAGAGGGAGAAAGAGGAAGCGAUGUUCGACAACCUGCUCGGCCGGAAGUUUUCCAACAAAUGCAAGCACGCGAUGAAGUGCAUAAAUUCGCGGAUAGCGAUUAUCAAAAACAAGAAGAGGGCGAUGGUGAGGUUCCUCAAGAAGGACGUGGCCGAUCUCCUCGCCAGUGGCUGCGACGACGUCGCCUACGGCCGGAUUGAUGCUCUCAUUGUGGAAAUAAAUCACGCAUAUUGCUAUGAUAUGAUCGAGCAAUGCUGUGAAAGUAUCUUAAAGCAGCUUCCAACCUUACAAAAACAAAGAGAAUGCCCUCAGGAGGCUAUGGAACCUAUGUCAACUCUACUUUUUGCUGCAGCCAGAUUUUCAGAUUUGCCAGAGUUAUGUGAUCUCAGACAUAUAUUUACAGAACGAUAUGGAAGUCAUAUGGAGUCAUCUGUCAAGGCUGAGUUUGUUGAGAAACUUCAGAAGAAAUCAUUCUCCCAGGAAAAGAAGCUGCAGUUGAUGAAAGAUAUUGCUCAAGAGUUCUCUGUAACAUGGGAUUCCAAUGCUUUUGAACACAAACUGUCUAAUCUAUCUGCACCUAAAUAUGACCAACCUAAGAAUGGUAUGCGUCACCACAGUGCAAGUCAGAAGCCAUCAACCAGGUUGCCCAAUGGAGUUGAGGAGGAGAUUUCAUCGAAGGGAAAAUAUGAACAUGCUCCUGUGAGUGUGUGGAAACAAGAAGUGCGGAAGGAGCCCAAAGAUGUUCAUGUUGUUACAACAAUCAAAGACGGCUUCUCACAUGUCCCCAUGGAGAGGACUAGAAAUGCAAUCGCUGAUGAACCAGAGAAUAGGGAACCAGACUUCUCUAAUGCCGCUCUUCCUUCAUACACUAAACCAAGAAGAACUCAGAAUGGAACCUAUAAUCACGAUCAGCUUAAAGAUGGUCUUGCUCAUAAAUGGACAGGAAAGGGUCAAAAGGCACUUGAUACCAUUGGCUCUGAUGAGCAGGCAUUUGGCAUGAAGAGAUCUUCAAGUGGUAAAGCUGUGAAUAUGGCUCCUCCUUACACCAAAUCUCAUGGUGAAAAGAACAACAAUGGCUUAAUAUAUGAUCAAUUGCAAAGGGUGGAGGAAGAUCAUACUGGUAGAGAGAGGCAGCCCGUGAGGCCAGUGAAUAAUGACAGAUUGAUCAACAUGCGUCCACCUUAUGUCAAAUUAAAAGUCAAUGACCCUUCCUCCGACCCUGAUCAAGUCAUUCAAGAUUCUAAAAUCACUGAUCAUGACAGAUAUGAUGGCAGUGAAGACAUGAAAGGUGGAGUGUUUGUUGGUGAGAAGUCCAGGCAGAAGCCUGUUUCUGUUAGGAGGAAGGUCGCCAAGCCAACAGUAAUUUACACUAUUGACAGUACCAUCGAUGAAGAGAAGAUCAUGAUCCAAACUGGAGGUGGUAGAGGAAGUGAUACAGGUAGGAGGACCACUGCUGCCUAUGAAGUUACAGGUGAUGUUAAUAAUAAGAAAAUCAUGGCGAGGCGCCCAGGACCCCCAGUGGAUGAUGAGAUGGACAAUGCUAUUGAUUAUGGCAAGCUCUUGCGUCGAACCCCGAGUGGCCAAAGAAGACAUGGAAGCAGGAGAAGUGCCGUGGUGAAUGAUGGAUGCGGUGAUGAGGAGGAAAUGAUGAUGGAUAAGCUCCUGAUACAUUACAGUAGGAAAGGUACGGCCAGUGAAGCCAGCAAGAUACGGAUAAGGAGCAAAGCUAUCCCCGUGGAUCAUGUCGAGCAUGAGAUUAAGGAUAAAAUCCGUCCUGGCUCGAGAGAUUCUGUGCAUGUUCCUGAUAGAAGUAGCUCACUUCCCCCUGAACUGACAAAGCCGGAAGCAGGUGUCAAAAUGCAUACUCGCACUGCUUCUAUGCAGCCUGAUAUGUUGAGCCCUAAUGGUGGGCGUGUGCAUCCGAGGCUACCAAAUUACCAUGACUUGGCUGCUCAGUUCAAUGCCUUGAGGAGAUCUUGAGCAUCUACAACGUUUGAUCUGCAAUUUUUUUUUCUCCUCCUCACUGCAUCUUUAUAUGGUGGCACGGUUUCUCCAUUAUAACACAGCAUGAUGUUCGCUCUACAGGCCCUUCCUGCCCGAUCUAGUUGUUACUCUCCUAUCCCUUCUCAAAGCAUGUCCAAAAUCAAAACCGUUGAUGUAAUGUCAGAUUACACUACUGCAUUGAUGUUCCCUUUUGAUUUUCCUCCAUAAUUCAGAUGAUCAUCUAUGUGCAUAUGCUGCGAACUAUAUGUCAACUUGCUUUAUGAAAUUAGAUAUAUUUCAUGGGUUGCUCAAAA